AUGUUUAGCUUCGACGUCAUAGACAGUGAAGGGACAAAGACACGUGUAUCAGGUUUUAACAAUAUGGUAGAUGCACAUUAUGCUAAUAUUGACAUUGGAGCUACCUAUAAGAUUUCAGGUGGGGUUGUGAAAUCUGCUAAUAAAAUUUAUAACAAGCUUAACAGUGGAAUAGAAAUAACUCUUGUGCCUGAAUCAUUAGUAAACCCUUGCGAAGAUGACCCUUCCAUUCCAAAAAACCAUUUCUCAUUCAUGCCUAUUAAUGAAAUACUUGAGCAAAGAAAUAAUUCAGUCAUCGAUGUUAUUGGUGUUGUUAUUUGUGUAGAACCAAGCUCAACAAUCAGAAGAAGAGAUGGAACAGAGGUCAUAAGGCAUACCAUAAAGCUACUAGAUAUGUCUCAAACUACAAUAGAAGUUACGAUAUGGGGAGCACCAUCUAAGACAGAAGGUGUCCAACUGCAACAAAAAUACUACCUUCAAGAGACAACAAUCCUAGCAAUCAAGAGUGGACGUGUUUGUGAAUAUAAUGGAAAGGUAUUGAGUACAUCAAGCAAUACACACUUAAUUCUAAACCCAACGAUAUUAGAAGCUAAUAAAUUGAGAACCUGGUUUGACCAAAAUGUAAGUGACACACAUGAACCUUCGGUCAAAUAUAUAGUUCAAAUAAAAUUAGAAGACCAUACAGAUACAUUAUGGGCUAUAGCAUUUGAUGAAGGAGCGACACAACUACUGAGUAUGCCUGGUGAAAUGUUGUAUAAGCUACAGUUCGACCCGGAUGCAGAAAGUGAUACUAAGGAAGUGAUAAAGUCUGUACUGAACAAACAAUACAUCUUCAAAUUGACGUACAAGAAGGAAAAAUAUAAUGAAGAGGAACGGCUGAAAGUAACAAUUACUAGGGUAGAAAAGUAG